AAAAGCAAUUGCGUUGCCAGAGGAGAAGAAAAAGGUGCGAGAAUUGCCGGAAGUCGGAGUCUAUGAACUCCGAAGAGGCCAACGACGACGAUUGGACUGAUAAUAAUUGGUUAUUUAUUGGUUUAGACUAUUAAUUUUUUUUUUUUUUAUUUUAUUUUAUUUUAUAUUCUUUUUUUCCUUUGUUGGUUUUAUUGUUUAAACAAUUCUUUACUUGCUCAAUCAAAUUGUUGUUAAGAAUUUGUUUUUGUGAAGUAUAUAUAUUAAUCGUGAUAUUUUUAUUUGAUUUUACAAAAAAUAAUAUAAAUUAAAAAAUGAUCGGUGACAAAGAAGUUGACAAUGGUAUUAAUAUAAAAAUUGGUAAGGAUAAUAACGAUGGUAAAGGAAAAUAUCGACCUAUUUCGACAAAACAACCGCGGGGGAAUAAUAAUGGAGUUAAUGGACAAGCUAAAAAUGUUGAUAUUUCACCUAAAGGAGAAUGGAUACCACCAGACGGUGGUUGGGGUUGGCUUGUCCUAUUGGCCGCCGUAAUGGUAAACGUUCUGAUACCAGGAACAAUAAAAUCAUUUGGGGUUUUAUUCGUUGAAUUUUUGAACGUGUUUAAAAGCGGAUCAACUAUGGCUGCAUUGAUUCCAGCAAUUUGCUACUUUCUUUACAGUUCGCUAGGUCCUCUGUCGAGUAUAUUAUCUGUUAAGUACUCAUAUCGUACAGUCACCUUGAUUGGUGGAACAUUUGCUGCUGUAGGAAUGAUGCUCAGUUUUUUUGCUGAUUCUAUAGUAUUUCUUUGUGUCAGUUACGGAGUAUUUUUGGGUAUUGGUGCUGGUCUAGCGUUUCCACCAACAGUUUACAUUGUUACGUCGUAUUUUUUACGGCUACGAGGAUUCGCAAAUGGUCUUUGUAUAUCAGGAAGUUCUUUGGGAUCAAUAUUUUUACCACCAGUAUUAAAUUAUCUACUUCAAGAAUUUGGAUAUAGAGGCGCAGUUCUAAUCAUGAGUGGUGUAUUAUUACACGUGUGGGCCGCAGCAUUGCUAUACGAACCCGUAGAAAAGCACAUGAAAUUUGUACCAUUGCCCGUAGAAAAAUUAACAGAUGAACAAGUUGCUGAAGAAGAGGAAGAGGAAGAAACUGAAGAAAUAGAUCGGUUAAAUCACAAUGAAAACUGCAAAAAUUCUCUUCUCAUUAUUCCAACAAUAAAAACAGAAAAACCUCAUGCAGUUAACAAUACUAAUAACAGUUUAUCUCCAAAACCUAAAGCCGUACCAAAAAGUGCAUCAAGCGUUGCAUUAGAAAACUAUAAAAAUACUCCUGUACAAAAUAGAACACGUAAAAUAAGCAUGCCAACAAAUCGUGAAAUAACAUCACAAAUGCACAGUACUCCAGCAUUACAUGCUGUACCAGAACGCAGCAGCUCAAUAGUACGUCGUAAAUCAACACUACGUUCACCAAGUAUUUCAUCAUUCAAUUACAUAAGUACGCCUUAUCACGGCAGUACAUUAUCAGCACUGCAACCGGAGUAUGCGUCAAACUUAACGUUAAACGCUAUUUCAAGUACAUUUCGGAAAUCACCUGAAAAAACAAUCAACCCCGCUAACAACGCCAACAACUCAACUGAUAACGCAAAAAAAAAGUUUUUUGACUUGUCUCUUCUUAAAGAUCCAAUUUAUCUCGUUAUUUUAAUUUCAAAUUCAACGAAUGCGGUCAGUUACACAAAUUUCAUUAUUUUAUUGCCAAUAUAUGCGAUUUCACUGGGUUACGAUAGAAAUCGUGCAAUUGUGCUGCUAUCGCUUAAUUCAGCGUUUGAUCUAAUAGGUCGGAUUGGUGGAUCAGCACUUUCAGAUACCAAAAUUAUGCCCAAACAUUGGUACUUUGUUGGUGGAUUACUAGUAUCUGGUGUAGCGUUAACACUGAUGCCAACAUCGACUUCUUACAUAAUGUUAGCAAGUUACUGUAGUAUUUUUGGGCUAGCGUCAGGUAUUUACGUUGGAGUCACUGCUGUCAUAAUGGCGGACAUGUUGGGAACUGAAAAACUAAUCUCUUCAUAUGGUAUUUCUUUGUUCGUCAACGGUAUUAUACAACUCGUUGGACCGCCAAUUUGCGGAAUGAUAUUUGAACAUAUCGGUAGUUAUGGACCAAUAUUCAGUAGCUUAGGUAUUGUUUUAAUAGCCGGCGCGUCUUUGUGGGGUUGUGUGCCAUUUAUUAGAAGACGACAAAAAGCUGAGAAUUUAAAAGCACAAGCUAGUAAAGUUUAGAAAUAGAAAAACAAGGCCUAUUUUAUUUCAUUUUUUUUUUUUUUAAUUAUGUAAAAUCACUGCCGAGUCUAUUUUUCCAAGAGUAAAUUUUAGUUGAAAGUUUCUAUUAACUGUUGCGGUUAUUGCGCUUGGAAUAAAAUACUAGAUAGAUAAAAUAAAUAAUUGUUCACGAAGAAAGUUUGAGACACUAUUGUCUUGCCUUAUUAACUAUAAAUUUAUAAAUAUAUAUAUAUAUAUCUAUUCUAUAAGUAAAUUGAAGAUAUAAAUGGGCGUUAAGGUGGCGCAAAUAAUUCACUAUUUUAGUAUUUAACUUAAUAAAUAUUAGAAUUAAAAAUCUUGACCUCUAAAAAAUUGUAUUGAGCUCUUUUCUGCAGAGCUUUUUUAAAACAUUAUUAAUUGAAAGAGAAAUAGCCGAUUUUUUUGCGUCGUUCUAAUGCACGUAUAGUUGCAAAAUUGUUAUUUUUGUUAUGUAGCAUGACGGUAAUUGAUUCAAUCGAACCAAUGUAGGAAAAAAUGACCUAUCAAUUAUGAAUUAUGAUAAUUACUAAGUUAAUUAUAGACGCCUGAUCUAUAUUUGCAACACAAUUAUAAUUAUAGUAUUUUAAAAAUUUUUUUUCAUCGAUUAUAUGUAGAUAGUGAUUUCUUUUGUAAAGAAAUAUGAAAAUUUUUAGCAUUAAAACUGAAAGCAACACGCGUCAGCAGUGGCUAUUUUGGGAACUUUAUUCCCAAUAAGCUACAUCCUAAUUUUCCAUAAACCGUAACAUUUACUUAAAUAAACGGACCCAAGCGACACAAAAAUGUUUUUAGUAAUAUUUUGUUGAAUUAAAGUUGACAAUUUCUAAUUUUUGACUUCUUGUUGAAUAAAAUCUUCCAAAAAGUCAAUAUUUUUUUUCUACGCUUGGGAAACUUUAUGUUUUUGAGUUUUUAAACUGAGAUGUACAGAAUUACAUUAACGACGAGCAUUUGCAGGAAAUAGCUGUUUUAUAUUAUGUAAUGAUUAAAAAUAAUUUACCGUAAAGAACAUUGAGUAAAUAAAAACUGUGAAAGAAAAUAAUUAUUUAUAUACUGUUGCUUAUAUCACAUGUUAAAUAAUU